AUGGAACUUUUGGCUGGCUGCUUACCCACCAAGGAAGCGUGGUGUCUCCUGCAUGGGAAGGAGAUGAGCUUUGAGCAAUGUCUCAAGAUGGUGAGAGAGGAGCCCGCUGAUUUCAAGUUGGUUGGCAUGAGCGACCUGAGCUACAUGAAGCCAGAGGAAAUUGAUGACCUCGAGAAGCACGUGGCCGGUCUCGAACUGGAGUGUGCUGAUGAAGCCACGGAGGUGGCGAAGAUGAUGCUUGAGUGGCUGCAGGCCGCGCUGGGGCUGCACCGCUGGGCACAGCAGAAGAGAGAGUUGAAGGAGAGAGGUUUUCAGAUUCUACUUAGCCUGUCCCGAUUUCCGCGAGCUCAGCGAACAGCGACUCCCGCGAUGGACUUUGAUGACCUUGAUGAAGCGAUUGAACAGAGGAUUGCGGAGGGCGACACCGAUGCCUUGGCGAACCUCAGUGGCGUCACGAUGCAGAAGAAAAGCCUGAAGGUGCGGACUGUGACACGAAGGACGGACAAGAAGGACGAGCCGUCGGGGUCUCUGGUAGUUCGCUUCAAGCCCAAUCAAGGGCUACAGAUGCAACCAGAGUUGUGCAAGCAGACCAGCCCACUACCCCAGCCACAGCCCACAACCAUUGUCGAUCAAUCACUGUGUUGA